AUGAUUCACGUCUUCAUUCUAUGCUUCACUUUACUUUUAUACUUCCCAUAUACUGACGGAUGCUUCUGUUCACCGGCGCAAUCCACGAAGGAGUCGUUCUGCAAGGCUGAUUGGGUUUCGCACGCGAAGAUUCUUGGCACAUCGAAUUCCGGUAGGAGAAAUGAUCUUAACGGCAUAAGCUACAUGGUGGAACACAAGGAUGUUUUUAAGAUGCCGACAAAGGUGAAGAUGUUGCCCGUGGAGAUUAACACAGCUCUAGCGGAUACAGCAUGCGGAGUGAAACUUAAAAUUGGAGCGGAAUAUCUUCUUGCUGGCUCAGUAUGGUCGAAUGGCUACUUCUUCAUGUAUCGGUGUGGACAGAUCGUUGAAGACAAUCGGAGCUCGUCAUCCGCAGAGUUUGGAAUGCCUAUGAAAUGGCGCAACGUCUCGAAUGAUACGAAAUCACUUCUUCGAACUAUCGAUUGCUCCAAUCAUCGUGGGACUACAAAUACAGGAUCUAACCGCUGA